AUGACGGAAGAAUCUUUAUUUUUAUAUCAUUCUACUACUCCUAAUAAGAACCAAAUGGUCAUGAAAAAUAUGGACCUUGAUUUAUGUCUGAAUUUAAUGAGAGGAAUAGAAGUUUCUGAAAAGGAUUUACAAGGUUGUAAUGAUGAAAAUAUGCAAAUGAUAAUUCCUAUUCAUAUCAUGAGGAGUUUAAGCCUACGAUAUCUGAGAGGAAGUUUAUUAGAAAUUCAAUUAUGGAGGGAAGGAUUAUGGAUGCUAUUAAUCAGAUUAACCAAAUUGACCAUAAUUUAUCUAUCACUAGUUACUUACUCCAGGAUUUUGAAUGAGAACAGUAAUUUAUUAUUUGUAUUAAUGCUAUAUCGUCUUGUCGACAUUAUUCUCUCGGGUGACUUACACAAUGCUAUAAAGUUUGCUAAAGGAGAGCUUUCAUCUUGUAUUAAGAAAGAUAAGAAGCCAUGUCAUUACUUGCCUUUCAAAAUCUUAACGUAUUACUUAUUUACCUUACUACAGUUGAUCAUCCCAUUCCGGGAGUGCAUAUCACCAGAGGCAUUGGAAAUAAUAAAGAAGAUACAGAAACCAGAUGAAAUAUCAACUUUGGUAGACAACUCACUAAUUGCUUAUUAUAACCUUGACCCAAAACCCAUUCUGGAGAAUAUUAUUAAAGAAACCCUCUGGGUUGAAUCACAACUUGAGUCAAAAGUAUAUUAA